GAUAAAAGGUAAGGAAAUGGUAGGAGAAAGAAAUCUUAGCCACCGCAACCCUAAUAAUGAAAAUUGUAGCCACGAAAUCACACUCUCAAAUAACUUAAAAACACUAAUAAGGGUACAUUUUAGUAUUGAUAAUAUAAGGAGUUGAAGGACACAGAUUAGAAACUUGAAAAAACAUGGGUACACUUUGAAAACUCGAAUACCUUAACGGUAUAGCUUAGAAAAACCCAAAAAAAAAAUAAAAAUAAAAAAUAGGGUCCGAGACUGAAUCUGCCAGCAGAUCGCAUGCCGUGGUGUCCUGCGCUCGGGACUUCCACGUCCCGUCGUCCCCUAAGGCCCUUUUUGGUUUUUGACGAAGAAUUUGGAAUUGCACCUCAAAUUUGGGUAUUCUCAUUUUGAAACUUAAGUCUAAUUUUGGUUGAAAAGCCAUUGAAUAUGAUUUGUUGAAACAAUUGAAUUGAAUUAAAUGUCGCUUCUCCGCAAGCUCUUCCACUAUCGCAAGCCAAUUGACGGACUCCUGGAGAUAUCUCAUAGACUGUAUGUGUUUGAUUGUUGUUUAACUACCGACUCAUGGGAAGAGAAGAGAUAUAAAGGUUACUUAGCAGGCAUAGUGAGUGAGCUACAGGCACAAUUUCCAGAUGCUGCAUUGUUGGUUUUUAAUUUCCAGAAGGCAGAGGUGGAGACCUCAACCGCGAUAUCAAAGAUUAUGUCGGAAUAUGAUAUGACCAUAAUGGAUUAUCCAAGGCAUUAUGAGGGUUGUCCUAUCCUUUCAAUGGAGUUGAUCCACCACUUUUUGCGUUCAACUGAAAGUUGGCUUGCACUAGGGCCACAAAAUGUAUUGUUGUUGCAUUGUGAAAGAGGUGGUUGGCCGGUCCUCGCUUUUAUGCUUGCUGCACUUUUGAUUUAUAGGAAACAAUACACCGGGGAGCAGAGAACUUUGGAUAUGGUUUACAAGCAAGCUCCUCGCGAGCUUUUGCCAUUGUUGUCACCUUUGAAUCCCAUCCCAUCGCAGCUUCGAUACCUUCAAUAUAUAUCAAGGAGAAAUGUUGCUUUACAGUGGCCUCCCUUGGAUAGGGCAUUGACUUUGGAUUGUAUAAUUUUCAGACGUAUACCUGAUUUCAAUGGAGAGGGGGGUUGUCAUCCUUUAUUUCGGAUUUAUGGACAAGAUCCUCUUGGUGGUGAGGAUAGAAGUCCAAAAUUAUUGUUCUCAACUCGAGAACAGUGCAAAGCUACCCGUACAUAUAACCAGGCUGAAUCAAUGAUUGUUAAAAUUGAUCUAAACUGUAAUAUCCAAGGCGAUGUUGUUCUCGAGUGUACAAGCCUCUAUAAGGAUAUGGAGCAUGAAGACAUGAUGUUCCGUAUUAUGUUCAACACAGCUUUUAUAAGGUCCAACAUUUUAAUGCUUAAUCGAGAUGAAAUUGAUACACCGUGGGACACUAAGGAUAAGUUUCCGAAAGAUUUUAGUGCAGAGGUUCUGUUUUCAGACAUGGAUGCAUCUGCUUCUAUUGUUGCUGCAAAUUUGUCGUGCUUUGAGGAAAAUGAGGGCCUUCCAAUGGAAGCAUUUGCUAAAGUUCAGGAGUUUUUUAGUCAUGUUGAUUGGCUAGAAUCGAGUGCUGGUGCUGCUCAAAGUGUGAUACAAAAAGUUCCACCACCACACAGUACAUCCGAACACUUUGACUUCGCUACUGCUCCAGAUGCUGUGAAUAUCAGUCCAAUGUGUAGAUCAAGCCAUCAGAAGCCAAAGGAAGAGAAGAAAUAUUACAUUCUUUGUAAAUCUGAGGACAAGGAUGAUCAGGUUUUGCUUUGUCAAAAAGUAUCGAAGGAUUGCAAUCUGGCCCAGUUGCUUCAAUAUCAACCUAGGGAAAUUGCUCAAACUGCUGUCUGCCCAGAAACAAGAAUGCUUUCAGUCGCAUCACAAUCAUCAGCAAUUACUAAGUCAUCGCUUACUGCUUCAGGAAGCAAGAUUCCGACAUUAAGGAGUGGGCCUCUUCCACCUCCUACAACUCUCAAACAUCCAUCUGUUUAUCCUUCACAUGAAGAUUCUAGCGUUAUGGCCGGAUGUCUAUCAGAAUUCUCAUCUCCUUCAGAAAAUCCUCUAAGAAAGGAUCCAUGUUUUGAAAUGGCAACGUCAUCACUUCCAUCCCCUCCAAGAUCACAUGUGAAUCCUUCAAGACUAGAAACAACCCUUAAAUCUCCUUCUUCGCCAACACUUUCUAGUCCACCACCUCCUCCUCCUCCUCCUCUUGCUGCUGCUGUGCCACUAUGUCCUCCAACACUUUCUUUAGAUGAAAAGUCAACCGAUGAUGCUGAUGUUUACUUACCACCUCUACCAGAUGUUCUUCCCAAAACUUCUGAUAAGCUGGAAGAAAUUGGACCUCUGCCAUCCCAGUCUCUUGCAUCACCAUAUAAAAACAGUGCAGCAAAGUCUAGACCUUCCCCUCCCCCACUUCCUCCCGCAUCUUCUUUGAAGGAGAACAUUGGAAAAUCUGUACCUCCCCCAGCCCCACUUCCACCUCAAAAGUCGGGCUCUUCAAGGUCAUUUCCGGCACCCCCGACACCUCCACCUCCUCCUCCUCCUCGUGGUCUCGGACUUCAAUCCCAGCAACCACAAGUUUCUCCAUCUGUUCCUUGUGCGCCUCCACUACCUGUUGGUCUAAAUAAUGGAGCUUCAAAGUUGGGUACUAUUCCAGAUCCAACAGUGCCUUUAAGCUCUCUGAAUAUGAAGGGACGGAGUAUUUCACGUUCUUUGGUACCAAAAAAUUCCCAAACAAGUAAAUUAAAGCCAUUGCACUGGUUGAAGCUGACUAAAGCAGUGCAAGGAAGUCUUUGGUCGGAAACUCAAAAGUCUGGAGAGACCUCAAUUGCUCCAGAAAUUGACAUGUCAGAACUGGAGAAUCUCUUCUCUGCUUCAGUACCAAAUUCAAAUCAAGGAACUACCAUUGGAAAGUCUAAGUGUGGUCUUGGAACUCCCAAAUCUGAUAUCGUGCAGCUGGUUGAUCAUCGGCGAGCUUAUAAUUGUGAGAUCAUGCUCUCAAAAGUCAAAGUUCCAUUAAAAGAACUGACGGCUUAUAUCCUUUCUCUAGAAGAUUCUUCUUUGGACAUUGAUCAAGUUGAGAACCUCAUAAAGUUUUGCCCGACCAAAGAGGAUAUGGAGCUACUUAAGGGAUACAAAGGACAGGUUGAUAAGCUUGGGAAGUGUGAACAGCUAUUAUUAGAAUUAAUGCGAGUGCCAAGAGUGGAGGCUAAGCUAAGAGUUUUCGCAUUUAAGAUGCAGUUUAGUAAUCAGGCUUCUGAUCUUAGGAAGAGCCUCAACGUCGUGAAUUCUGCUGCAGAUCAGAUCAGAAGUUCGAUGAAACUCAAACGAAUUAUGCAAACAGUUCUAUCACUGGGAAAUGCAUUAAACCAGGGUACAGCUAGGGGUUCUGCUGUUGGUUUUCGGUUUGAUAGCCUGCUGAAGCUCACCGAAACCCGUGCACGUAAUAACAAGAUGACUCUAAUGCACUAUCUUUGCAAGGUGAUCUCUGAAAAACUUCCAGAGCUCCUAGAUUUCUCAAAGGAUUUUGCUAGCAUUGAACCAGCUACAAAGAUCCAACAAAAAUUUUUGGCAGAGGAGAUGCAAGCAGUUAACAAAGGGCUGGAAAAGGUUGUGCAGGAAUUGUCCAUGUCGGAGAAUGAUGGGCCCAUCUCAGAUGCAUUUCGGAAGAAUCUCAAGGAGUUUCUCUAUAUUGCUGAGGCAGAGGUGCGCUCGCUGGCAUCACUUUACUCUCGUGUUGGUAGAAAUGUUGACACUUUAAUAGUGUACUUUGGGGAAGAUCCAGCUUGUUGCCCAUUUGAGCAAGUUGUCACAACUCUGCUCAAUUUCACCAGAAUGUUCAACCGAGCACAUGAGGAGAACUGCAAGCAACUUGAACUUGAGAAAAGAAAACUGAAAGAUGUAGAAACUUAGUUUAGGACUCAACGGAAAUUAAUAAUUAAUUCUGACCCUUCCAAUAAUGAUUAAAAAAAUGACUCAAGUGAAUUAGAUGUAGAAACUUAGUUUAGGACUCAAUGUGAGUGGUUGUAGCAAAAAUUGUAAGGUAUUUUCUUUAGGGGGGUGAGUACGAAGCCUCGGUUCAGCAGCUACUCAUAGGGUUGAGUUUGUCACGAGAAGGUUAUCACCUGUUCAUUUGCCGCCACCGGUUCUAGCUUUUGGAAUCCUUGGUAAGAACCCAAUGUUGUAUGGUGCUUUCAAAGACCUCUGCUUUGUUAUUUCUGUUUCACUGUAUUAUAGUACUCAAAAUAUCAAUAUGUCACUACUUGUGUAGUUAGGCAAUGAUAUGUGAGUAUUAAUGAAAUGAAUUUAAGGUGUAGGAAAUCUGUAUAUUCUUUUAUUAUAGAAGCUCUGUAUAGGAAUAACGAAACUAAUUUUAUUUUAUUUUAUUUU